GUGAGACAUUCCAUUCCAUCCAUCUCAUCUCCCCAAAUUGCACACAUUCUCUCACACUCUCUCUCUGCCCAAAAGCUACAGUCUUUUUAGAUUCUCUCUUCUGAUAAUAAUCACAGAUUAAUUCUUUCCUUCUUUUCAAAUUUCCCAGAUUGUUUACUUUCCUUAAAAUCUAACCAAACCCAUAAUUACCCCCUCUAUUUUCUUUCUUAAAUCUCUCUUAAUUACCUCAGAUCCUGAAUUCCUGGUUUUUUGUAGAAUUAUAUUGCCAAGUUGUUGCCUUUCUUCUGUUUUUUAGGCUGGGUAUAUGAAUUCUAGCUGAAUUGGGAUUGCCAAGGAGGUUGAUUGAAGCUUAAUUUAGGGUUUAUAUUUCAAGUGUUGGCCGUGGGAAUUAAAAAGAAGCAAAAAAAUGGACAAGUACGAGCUUGUGAAAGAAAUAGGAUCUGGGAAUUUUGGAGUGGCCAGGCUCAUGAGGAACAAGGAGACCAAAGAGCUCGUCGCUAUGAAGUACAUCGAGCGCGGCAACAAGAUUGAUGAGAAUGUGGCAAGGGAGAUCAUGAAUCACAGAUCGCUUAUACAUCCAAACAUAAUUCGAUUCAAGGAGGUGGUUUUGACACCAACCCAUCUCGCCAUUGUUAUGGAAUAUGCUGCUGGAGGAGAGCUUUUUGAGCGAAUAUGCAAUGCUGGAAGAUUUAGCGAAGAUGAGGCUAGAUACUUUUUCCAACAGCUUAUUUCAGGAGUCAGCUACUGCCACACUCUGCAAAUUUGCCAUAGAGAUCUGAAGCUUGAAAAUACUUUACUGGAUGGAAGCCCAGCGCCCCGUCUGAAAAUAUGUGAUUUUGGUUAUUCUAAGUCAUCCUUGCUGCAUUCAAGACCCAAAUCCACAGUUGGCACUCCAGCAUAUAUUGCCCCAGAAGUUCUUUCUCGGAGAGAAUAUGACGGGAAGAUGGCAGAUGUAUGGUCUUGUGGAGUGACUCUGUAUGUUAUGUUGGUUGGAGCAUACCCAUUUGAAGAUCAUGAGGACCCAAAGAAUUUCAGAAAAACUAUCAAUAAAAUAAUGGCUGUUCAAUACAAGAUCCCUGACUAUGUGCACAUUUCUCAAGAUUGCAGACAGCUCCUUUCUCGCAUAUUUGUUGCAUAUCCAGCCAAGAGGAUCACAAUUAAAGAAAUCAAGAACCAUCCAUGGUUUUUGAAGAACUUGCCUAGAGAACUAACAGAGGCAGCUCAAGCUAUGUACUACAAGAGAGGAAACAAUACCUUCUCCUUGCAAACUGAUGAAGAAAUCAUGAAGAUUGUGGAAGAUGGCAAAAUUCCUCCGCCUGUAUCUCGGACCAUUGGAAGUUUUGGUUGGGGAGGAGAAGAGGAUGGUGACGGGAAGGAAGAUAACGACACAGAGGGUGAAGAAGAGGAAGAAGAAGAAGAAGAGGAAGACGAGUACGAGAAGAGAGUUAAGGAGGCACAAGCAAGUGGAGAAUUUCAUGUCAGUUAAGCAUUGAUUUGCUUCUUUUUUCAGAAAUUUUUGCCUCUUGGAUAUCUAUAGAAUGCUUCUGUGAUUGUAAAAAACGUUGUACUUAGGACAUGGUCUUGAAUAAGUGUUUGUAAAUUAUAGCGUAUUGCUCAGCAAGUGUGUGAAAUUCCAAUUUAAUAUGAGAUUUAGAUCCUCUAUCAUUGAAAAUUUGGAAUUUUAUGAAGAUUUGAAAGAUAACUAUUUGUCUCUGUUCUGUUUUUAUA